UGCAACGACCGUGGGCUGACGGCCGCGCCCCGCUCCCUGCCCCCCGACGCCUCGGUGCUGUACCUCCAGAACAACCGCAUCCCGAACUCGGGGCUCCCCGCGGAGCUGCGCGGCCGCACCUCGCUGCGGGUCGUCUACCUGUACGGGAACCAGCUGGACCAGUUCCCCUCGGAGCUGCCCCCCUCGCUGCGGGAGCUCCACCUGCAGGACAACAACAUCCGCAGCCUGCCCCGGGCCGCCCUGGCGCGCCUGCCCCUGCUGGAGAAGCUGCACCUGGACGACAACUCCGUCUCCACGGCCAGCAUCGAGGAGGACGCCUUCCGGGACAGCCGGAGACUCAAGCUGCUCUUCCUCUCCAGGAACCACCUGAGCAGCAUCCCCUCCGGCCUGCCCCCAGCCCUGGAGGAGCUCCGGGUCGAUGACAACCGCAUCUCCACCGUCCCCGAGCACGCCUUCCGGGGCCUGGCCAGCCUGCGCCGGCUGGUGAUGGACGGCAACCUGCUGGCCAACCAGCGCAUCGCCGACGACGCCUUCGCCAGGCUGGGGAACCUGACCGAGCUGUCCCUGGUGCGGAACUCCCUGCUGGCCCCUCCUGCCAACCUGCCUGCCCCCCGGCUGCAGAGGCUCUACCUGCAGGAGAACGCCAUCGGCCACGUGCCGCGCGACGCCCUGCGGGGGAUGAGGAGGCUGGAGAGGCUGGAUCUCUCCAGCAACAACCUGACCUCUCUGCCCACCGGGCUCUUCCGCGACCUGGACAGCCUCUCCCAGCUCCUGCUGCGCAGCAACCCCUGGGCGUGCGGCUGCGGGCUUCUGUGGCUGCGGGACUGGGUGAGGGCAGCGUCGGCCAGCGUGAACGUGCGCGGGCUCAUGUGCCAGUCCCCCGAUAGGGUCCGGGGCAUGGCGAUCAAGGACAUAACCACGGAGAUCGACGGCUGUCUGGACCAGCAGCAGCCCCUCCCGGCCCCACCGGGCCCCGCAGCCACCCAGCUGCCCCCGCCCCAGGGGUCUCUGUUCACCCUCAAAUCCAAACGGCCUGGGGUUCGAAUGCCGGGUCCCGACAGCCCCUCGGACGGCCCGUCCGUGUCUCUGACCGUGAAGCCGGUCUCUCCCGACAGCAUUCAGGUGAGCUGGAGAGCCGCGGCCCCCCGAGCCAGCUCCUUCAGGCUGAGCUGGCUGAGGCUGGGGGCCAGCCCAGCUGUGGGGUCCAUCACGGAGACGCUGGUGCAGGGGGACAGGCGGGAGUACCUCCUCACGGCUCUGGAGCCCCAAUCCACCUACAUCAUCUGCGUGGGCGGCAUGCAGCCUCACGACGAGACGCCCGUCUGCGCCAAGACCGCCACCUCGGAGGCCGGUGGGGGGGAGGAGGAGAGGGGCUCCCCGCUGGACCGGGACUCGGACCGGCUGGGCGUCCUGUCGCUGGCCGGGGUUAUCGGAGGCGCCACGGCGCUGGUUUCCCUGCUGCUCAUUUUUUCCAUCUUCUGCUGGUACAGCCACAAGUCCGGACUGCUGCUGUCCAGCGGCCCCCAGGCCAGCUACAGCCGGGGCAGCAGGAAGGGAGACGACUACCUGGAGGCCGGGACCAAGAAGGACAACUCCAUCCUGGAGGUCAGGGGCCCCGGGCUCCAAAUGACCGCCCUGAACAACCAGCAGCCCCCCAGAGAGGAGUACGUGAUCCACACCAUCUUCCCAUCCAACGGGACCAGCCUGUACAGAGGCACCCACACCGUCGGCUACGGGAGCAACCGGGGGUACAGGGAGGGAGACAUUCCAGACAUCGAUUACUACCACACCUGAUCAGAGAGCAAACAGAGAGCCAUUACUACCACACCUGAUCAGAGAGCAAACAGAUAUUGAUUACUCCUUAUACCUGAUCAGAGACAAUCCUGAUAUUGAUUACUCCUCAUACCUGAUCAGAGACCAAACAGAUAUUGAUUACUCCUUAUACCUGAUCAGAGACAAUCCAGAUAUUGAUUACUCCUCAUACCUGAU